AUGGAAAAGGGGUCUGUGAUUGUGCACAACAAAAUAAAAAGAAGAGAAAUAGACAAAUCCAAAAACAAGGACAUGAAUUUAAUAGAUAAUUACGGAAUGAGUAAUCAUAAAAAUGGCACAUGUAACGACAGAAAAGUAAAUAGUAAAAAUGCAAGGUCCUCCAAAAACAACUCAGAAUAUAAGAACAUUAAUGAAAAUCACGAGAAUGAUCCUUUUUGCUAUGAGUGCUACCAUGGGGGGAACUUAAUUUGCUGUGACAACUGUAUUAGGUCCUACCAUAUAUAUUGCAUAGGCGAAUCCGAAAAGCCACUGCCAAACUACAACUACUGGUACUGCCCCCUCUGUAAAAGAAACGGAGUAUCUUUUGAUAUUACUUUGAAGAGGAGAAAAAAGUUAAAAACGAUAAGUGUGCAACUUUUCACAUUCUCCCCCCCACUACCACACAUUAACAGCACAUUCGAGAAAAAAAAAGAAAAGGUGAAGCAGAAAAGCGAAGGAAGCAAAUACACCGGUCAGAUCAACGUGGGCGAGAAUUACCAAGUGUCGAAUGUCUCCACCUUUUUUUUAAAUAGUCAUUCAGAGAAAUACGAUGAGGCCAACAAAUCGGAGCUCGUUUACUCGCCCUACCUGUUGGAACGGAUGAAAGAGAGUUACCUCAGCGAGGGACAGUACGAACUGGUCAUUAAAAACGAUUACGAACUAGCCAUUUUUAUAAAAGAAUUAGCGAAAAAUUGGAAGUGUCAACUCGGAUGGCACCCAUUUACACCAGAAUACGCCUUCAAGAUUUUACACCGCGUGGAUUACAACCCUAAGAAGGCCAUAGAAUUGCUAAAAAGCGCUGACUUUAAUUUUUUAGAAAUAUGCGACCCCCCCAUUCGCAAAUACGAAAACAAGUGGAGGCCACGAGAUAAGCGCGGCCAAAUAUCAGAUUCGCCGUACCCCUCCUCGGAACUACUCCAAAGUUACAUCAAGCGAUCCGUCGAAAUUUCCCUCGAUGAGAAAAAGUAUAACUACCACAUGAAUGAGAAAAAUAGGUACUACUGUGAAAUAAAUAAAAACAACAUAAUAGAAUCUAGCUACCCACACGAACGGACAAGGAACGCAUUAAAGAAGGAAAUGGAGGAGGAAGAAGAAGACGAUGACGAUGAUGACGAGGAUGAUGAUGAAGAUGAUGAAGAAGAAGAAUUAGACGAAGGAGAGGAGGAAGAGGGACAUGCGGAAGAAGAAGAGGAGGAAGAAGAAGAGGAAGAGGACGAAGAUUAUGAAGAAGACGACAAAGAUGAUGAAGAAUACUAUGGGGAGGAUUAUAAAUAA